AUGGUUUUGGAUGAGGCAUCACCCCUGAAACCGUCCUACUUCGCUCCCUACCGAGGCAUAUUUGCAGAUCCCACUCCCGAUACUCUUGGAGAGUCUUACAAUGGCCAAGAUGAUGAAACAGAGUACUCUUUGACUCGCCCUGUCGAUCGCGCAUACGUGAUGAAUAUAUCACUUUCGUCUUAUAUGACCUUCUGCGAAACAUUCACCGAUGGAGUGAGGACCGCUUGGAUUUCAAGAUGUGUUGGAGACACCUCAUUUCGCGGCUUAUUUAAGUACGAGCAACCUGAGUUUGGGUGUUUCCGCAUAACAUAUCUUGAUGGCCCCUCCUACCCCCAUGUUAUGGCCGUCAUAUAUAAUAAUUUGGUGGCAACGGAUGACACAGUGCUCUCCGGCGAGUUACUUCCAAUCCUUCGGAUUAUGCUUGCUCAGCUUAUGAAGAGGCAAUUCGUUCACCAAAUGGUCUCGCCGGUCUUGAUUAUCUCGCUCAUGGGACUGAAAGCCCGAGUAAUUGAGGCUUUUUUCAAAGACCAGAGGCUAGUAGUGCGUCCAACCAAGAUGUAUGACUUCACCCACGGGAACGAUGCAGCUUUUAAAGUGUUUGUCCAGUGGUAUAUGGGCCAGCCAAUUGGUGAUACUGUUCUGAUCUGA